UGAAUUCAGUUCCAUUCACGAUCAGCUGGGUGCAGCAUUCAUCACAGAAAGACGAUCCUGCUACAAAAGCUUUGUAAAAUGCUUGUCAUUCUUCUUAUUGUUGUUGCUGUUCUGAACACUUCAAAAGCAAAGUUAAUCAUCACAGUUGAAAACAACAACAAAAGUCAAGUGACAGCCAUCACUCAAGGCAGUGACGUCAUCUUAAACUGCUCAUCGACAGUGAGAGAUAACGUCAGUGAAAUAGUGUGGUUAAAAAAUGACGACUUAAUUGAAAACAAAUUAAAGGCCUUACCCGCCAUCUUGAUGUUGCAUAAUGCGAGCAAAGAAGAAUCAAAUGGAAUUUACACAUGUUUGGACAAACGGAAUAAAGAAAGCUCUUCUUAUAAUCUAAAAGUUGACGAACGSCCGAUAAUCAGUUAUCUAUCCCCAAUUGGCUUAUGCCCGUUCUAUUUCCAUYCUCCCAUCCAAGAAAAGACUCUAAYAUGCGAAGCUAGCGGUUGGCCGACACCUGACGUUUAUUGGAAGAAUAAUCUAUCUGGUGAAACCGUCAAUUCAUMCAUCCUUAAAAUCAAUGAAAAUAACGUAAAAAACUACAUAGGUUCCAACACAUGCUACGCGAGAAACCGAGCAGGGACAGAUAAAGAAGAUUGCUAURUAGACAGAACAGUAGAAUAUACAAACCCACCGGCUCCAGGUCCUAAGAUUACAUCCAAAAAAAACAGGACGGUUGUUGGUUAUCGCGGUSSCACUGUGUCAUUCGCGGUGAAAACAAGUCGCACACCGUACCACGUAAUAUCGCAAAGCUGGUCGUUUAGUGGUAAACAGCUGCAGCAAGGACUCAAAUAUGAAAUAUCASAUACUACCGACAUACAGUAUGACAAAGCUGAAUUUCAAUUGAYUGUGAAAAAUUUGUCUAGUAGCGAUUCGGGUAUCUACAAGCUCGCCGUUUUUACAAACAUUCCUCCACCAGCUGAGGCCUGGAUAAAAUUGGAAGUACGGCAACCAGAUAAAAAAGAUGUCGCUACAAACAAAGCAGWUACGCUUUAUCCCGAGUAUGCUAAGAUGUGGAUUCCAGUGGUGGUGUCAUCAUGUGUGGCCUUCGUCUUUGUGAUURUGCUYGGCUAUUUYUUGGUGAAAAGAAAAAAAUACGUGUUUUUUAAGGGAUUAAAGAAAGAAAUUCCAAAGUUUGAUGUCUUUAUUUCUUACUCAACCAGUGACUUUGACUGGGUGAGGCAGCAACUCAUUCCUCUGCUCGCUAAACACCAUAUCCGGUACUCAAUCCACAGUAAAGACUUCGAAAUCGGAAAAACAAUCGUGGACAACAUGGCUGACAGUGUGUACAUGUGCAAACAUAUCAUCGCCGUUCUGUCUGAUCGCUACCUGGAGAGUGCAUUCUGCCACACAGAGCUGGAUAUGGCGAUUUGCCGUUCGUGCAUCGACAAGAAACCAGCCCUGACAAUCAUUAAUCUCAACUGUGAUUUGCCAAAAAAAUACUCAAAACUAUCAAAGCAAAAUGUUCACUUUCAAAGUGUUCAAAWAGGUGAUGAUCGAUGGAAGGAAGAGUUGAUGCAUUAUGUGAAGUCUUGCAUCACUGAAAAAGUCUGAGGCGUAUCCCAUCUAUCGCGCAAGGACGAGAAGAUGCCUUUAUCGUGGGGGCGUAAACGCCAGAAGGUCGUAAGCAGGAGAAAUGAAAACGUUCUCUGUCAUAUUGAAAGAACCUAUAGUGCUAUACCUGAUGACGCUUUAUAAACACUGCAUGACGUCAUACUUGUAUGUAGUCGAGUUAGGACUUGAUUGGGCCAUUUGUAGACCUUAUGACGUCAUACAUGUAUUCAAGUACGUAUAAUUGUAGUUAUAAGGCUUGAUAGCUGUACCAUUUGUAGACCUUAUGACGUCAUACAUGUAUUCAAGUACGUAGUCGAGUUAGGACUUGAUAGGACUAGUUGUACCAUUUGUAGACCUUAU